CAAUCUGCGUCCAGAGAGCGUGUCGGCGCGCACGGACACGAGCGCCCACUCCAAAUAAGCAAAGGACUGACCAGAGGAGAAAGUCAACGCUUACAUAUGAUGCUCCGACCAAAAAUCAAACACAUGCAUUGAACUGAAUCAUCAGAGAAGCUCACGAAUCUGCACGGUGAAGAACCAGAGGAAUCAAGUUUUAAAAUUACAUGUUAGUAGGACCGAUGAUGAUACCUUCGACCUUCUGAUCACUUUUCAUUGCUUGUCAUUCCACUGACGUAUACGGGACUAAUAAUAAAACGGAAUAUACUUUUCUGACUGUUGGAUCUUAAAGUCAUCGCUUCUCUUAACACACUUGAAAUUGCGCGCGAGGAUGGCGCAAAGGUACGAUGAGUUGGCCCAUUACGGAGGCGGCAUGGACGGAGUUGGCGUCCCGACAUCCAUGUACGGAGACCCGCACGCCCCGCGGCCGCUGCCCCAGGUCCACCACCUGAACCACGGGCCGCCCCCGCAUCCCACUCAGCAUUACGGGGCCCACGCGCCGCACAGCAUCAUGCCAGGCAGCAUGGGCAGCGCAGUCAACGACGCGCUGAAAAGAGACAAGGACCAGAUUUAUGGCCACCCUUUAUUCCCGCUUCUUGCGCUCGUGUUCGAGAAGUGCGAGCUGGCGACGUGUACGCCCAGAGAACCGGGAGUGGCGGGCGGAGACGUGUGUUCCUCUGACUCCUUUAAUGAAGACAUAGCGGUGUUUGCAAAACAGAUUCGCGCAGAGAAACCCUUAUUUUCAUCAAACCCAGAGCUGGAUAACUUGAUGAUUCAAGCCAUCCAAGUGCUGCGCUUUCAUCUGCUCGAAUUAGAGAAGGUCCAUGAGCUGUGCGAUAACUUCUGCCAUCGGUACAUCAGCUGCCUGAAAGGCAAAAUGCCUAUCGACUUGGUCAUCGAGGACCGGGACGUCUGUAAAUCGGACUUUGAUGACCUGUCAGGAUCUUCUACCAACCUUGCAGAUCAUAACCCAGCAUCCUGGAGAGACUUGGAUGACGCCCACUCCACACCCUCGGUAGGAACCCCGGGACCGUCCAGCGGGGGACACGUCUCUCAGAGUGGAGACAACACCAGUGAACUCGGAGACGGCCUCGACAACAGCCUAGCGUCACCGGGCACAGGAGACGAAGAUGACCAGGACAAGAAGAGGCAGAAGAAAAGAGGCAUCUUCCCUAAAGUUGCCACAAAUAUAAUGAGAGCAUGGCUAUUUCAGCACCUUACACACCCGUAUCCCUCAGAGGAACAGAAGAAACAACUUGCACAAGACACAGGCCUCACCAUUCUCCAAGUCAACAACUGGUUCAUCAAUGCAAGGAGGAGAAUAGUCCAGCCUAUGAUUGACCAGUCCAAUAGAGCAGUGAGUCAGGGUACAGCUUAUAGUCCAGACGGCCAGCCUAUGGGAGGCUUCGUCCUUGAUGGACAGCAGCACAUGGGUCUCCGACCGGGAGGUCCAAUGGGGGGUAUGGGUAUGAACAUGGGCAUGGACGGACAAUGGCACUACAUGUAAGCCCACACCAAUAAGGCCAGCCUCAACAAACAGGUGACGCCUCCAUGGUUGGCUCAGGGAUCUUCUUCAUUCAUCUUGUGGAGCUCAAGGCCGCCAGUGCAUAUCCACGUGACCACCCCUUCCUCAUCUUUGUUGCCCUGUGCACGGCUGGCACGCACGCGGGUGAAGAGGAUUACGUGUGGGGAAAAAUCCAUCACCUGUAGGCUACUUUGUUUUCAUGCAGUUCGAAAAGAGACUUUAGUAAUAUGAAAUAACGGGAAGCGCCGGAGCGCCAAACGACGUGACUGUUUGGCUGCUAAAGACAUUGACAACAUAAGCGGUCACCCCUCAAUUUCAUUUUAAAUUAUUUAUUUAUUUUUAUACCACGCGGCGGACCACAGGGAUGACACCUUUUCUUUCUUUUUUUCUAGUCCAAUAUGUGAAGCUUUACUCCCAAUUUAUUUGCAACGCCUGUCCGAACAAUUAAUAUAAAGGCAAACAGUACACAACCCAUGCACACACAUGAAAACACUGUGGAUGGAAUAUAUUUGAAAAUAUGUAUAAUAAUUGUCGUGCUUUAUAGAUUUGUGCUUUUUUUUUUUUUUUUUUUUUUUUUUUACAGUGUUGCUCUUGUGACUCCACCACGCAUCGCCCACCAACCUCGAGUGAUGUUAUAAUCACCGCGCUCAUGUUUUUGUUGCAUUUUCUUAUCCUGAUUUUCUGUGUGUGCAACCGAAAGGAAUUUAUAAAGUGUUCAGUCAAUUUGGAUAAUGUUUCAAUGAUUUUCUAUCGCUAAAAAAAAAGGGAAAAGUCUGCACCGGUACCAAAUCGAGACAAAAUAAAGGAAGAAUGACCAAAAAAUACAGUGUGUUGAUGUGAAGGAGGCCUUUGGAAAGAGAGUGAAAGAUGGAGGUGUCGUGUGUGGGUGUUGUAAGGAGAGGGAAAAAAACAACAAAAUUAGUUGUAGGAGCAGGUCACGUCUCCAGCUUCGGUUCGAUAGGAGACGGAAUUGCGGUUGUCUGCUAUUAGAUUGAUCGUGACAGCCAUGAUGGA